AUGGGCAUUACGAUCUCCCAGCCUGCGGGUGGAGGCGAGUGUCAUGACAGCCCGUUGGCAAUCGCUGCUGUUGCAGAGAUAACUCAGUUCACUUUGGUGAAACUGCAAGCGCUUCAAGCUAUCUGGUGCUCUGGUUCGAGGGAGGAGGGGAAUUUGGCGUCUCGAGAAGCAGAUCUGAGCUGUGAGGAGUUCGAAGAAGCGCUCAAUAGCGUCGGGUUUGCUGCGUCCGAUCGAGCCAUCUUUGAUCGAAUUUUUACAUUAUUGGAUCGUACGGGUGAUGAACGGAUUCUCGCGUUUCAAUUCCUCAUUGGUGCAGCGGCGCUGCUCCGUGGAUCUCUAGACGUGAAGCUUCAAGCUGCGCUGCAGUUUGCUAGCGACGCGGAUAAGUCACUUGAGUUUGAACGAGGACUAUCGCCUGAAGGACUCAACUUCGCGUUAACAACGCUAACUUCAGUCGCAGGUUUCUUUGGGGACCAACUCGUGACUGCAGCAGAUGUGAGGCGAGUCGUAGACGACGUGUGCGGUACAGAAGGAUGUUGCUCGUCCGAGGAACUUGUCAAGAGCCUUGAAGGACAUUCGUUCGUACAGCAGUACGUAUACUCCAAUAUCCACUAG